CCGCGCCCGCCUGCACCGCUCCUGCUCCCCACGCCCGGGCCGGAGGCAGAGGAAGGCAGGCGAAGUGAGGGGGUGCGGCGUGGAGAAGCUGUCGGGCCCGGGCCGGGUCCGGGGCCGCGGCCGGGAUCAGCAGCGAGCGCCUAGUACCAAGCGCCAGGGACAGCUGGAGUUUGCGGAGCGCUGCCACGGGGGGCGGACGGCACAGCCCGAGUCGUGCGAUGCCCGGCCGCCGAUUGUGAGCCAAGCCGGGAGGGCCCCGGACCACCUACGCCCCCCUCCCCUCUCCCAAUCCCCUGUCUUUCGGGGGCGCCCCAAACCCCUUUCCUGAGGUUGGCGGCAGCCCCUGAAGACGCCCAUCGCGCGCCGCUCCUUCCCCGCCGCCGCCACCAACCCCGAGGAGGGAUGACCCUCUCCGGUGGCGGCAGCGCCAGCGACAUGUCCGGCCAGACGGUGCUGACGGCCGAGGACGUGGACAUCGAUGUGGUGGGCGAGGGCGACGACGCCCUGGAAGAGAAGGACAGCGAUGGGGGCUGCGACAGUCCCGCGGGGCCGCCCGAGCUGCGCCUGGACGAGGCGGACGAGGUGACGCCGGUGGCACCCCACCACGGGCAGCCUCAGCCGCCGCACCAGCAGCCCCUGGCACUGCCCAAAGAGGUGGCUGGAGCCGGGGCCGGGCCAGGGGGCGAGGCGGGAGCAUCCGAGGCCGACGGCUGCAAGAGCGGCGCCGGCGGCGAGGAGGGCGGCGGGAGCGAUGGCGGGCCCGGCUCCGGCAGCGGUGCGGCGGGCGGCCUGGCCCCGAGCAAGCCCAAGAACAGCCUGGUGAAGCCGCCCUAUUCGUACAUCGCGCUCAUCACCAUGGCUAUCUUGCAGAGCCCGCAGAAGAAGCUGACUCUGAGCGGCAUCUGCGAGUUCAUCAGCAACCGCUUCCCCUACUAUCGGGAGAAGUUCCCCGCCUGGCAGAACAGCAUCCGCCACAAUCUCUCGCUCAACGACUGCUUCGUCAAGAUCCCCCGUGAACCGGGCAACCCGGGCAAGGGCAACUACUGGACCCUGGACCCUCAGUCCGAGGACAUGUUCGACAACGGCAGCUUCCUGCGGCGCCGGAAACGCUUCAAGCGCCACCAGCAGGAGCACCUGCGUGAGCAGACGGCGCUCAUGAUGCAGAGCUUCGGCGCCUACAGCCUGGCGGCGGCGGCCGGCGCCGCGGGGCCCUACGGCCGCCCCUACGGCCUGCACCCUGCGGCCGCGGCCGGUGCUUACUCGCACCCGGCGGCCGCGGCAGCUGCGGCGGCGGCCGCGGCUCUCCAGUACCCGUACGCGCUGCCGCCCGUGGCCCCCGUGCUGCCGCCCGCCGUGCCGCUGCUGCCCUCGGGUGAGCUGGGCCGCAAAGCGGCCGCCUUCGGCUCUCAGCUCGGCCCGGGCCUGCAGUUGCAGCUCAAUAGCUUGGGAGCUGCCGCGGCCGCCGCAGGCACGGCGGGCGCCGCGGGCACCACGGCGUCGCUCAUAAAGUCCGAGCCGAGCGCGCGACCGUCGUUCAGCAUCGAGAAUAUCAUCGGAGGGGGCCCCGCGGCGCCCGGGGGCUCGGCCGCGGGCGCUGGGGGCGCUGGGGUAACUGGGGGCACCGCGGGUAGCGGAGGCGGUGGCGCCGCGCAGUCCUUCCUGCGGCCGCCCGGGACCGUGCAGUCGGCAGCGCUCAUGGCCACGCACCAGCCUCUUUCACUGAGUCGGACGACGGCCACCAUCGCGCCGAUUCUGAGCGUGCCGCUUUCUGGACAGUUUCUGCAGCCUGCAGCCUCGGCUGCCGCUGCUGCCGCCGCCGCUGCUCAAGCCAAGUGGCCCGCUCAAUAGGGACGCGCCGGUGGCCGGGAUGCGGGGCCUGGCGGCGGCCUGGAGUCUCGGCUGCAAUUUGCAAGCUGCGCGCCCCGCCCCGCUCUUGGCCCCCCUGCCCAAUCCUGGACUCUGCCUCUCUUCCAUUUCCUCCCCCCCGACCCCUCAACACCGACCUUCGGCGGCCUCCACCCAGUCCUGCACACCUAGGCUGGCGGAGCAAACUCUCACCGCGCGCCCGCGGGGAAUAUCUUUCCGUACAGGUAAAACCGAAAACCGAUUUUUCCAAAACUGUACCCGGACGGCGCCUGCUCUCAGUACCUGGGGGAUGAGAGGGAAAUUCUUUGUACAUAUUUGUAUAAAAAUUAUUGACUUUCCUUUUGGGGUUUUUAUUUUUUUAAGAAAAAAAUUCAGUAGAUUUAGAGCUCUGAACUUUCAUUUUUUCUGAAGGUUCACUCUCCGCAGUUUUAUGUGAGAAAAAAUGUAUAGAGACGUUGGGAGAUUUUAAAUAUAAAAUUUUCAGAAGACGAAAGUCAUUCUAUAUAAAAGUCUGUUUAUAUAUAAUGAAUAUAUAUGGUAUUCUAAAUGUUAUUCCAUCGUGUUGUACACAACUUUGUAA